AUGAAGUGGAAUUCUGCUGCGGACCAACACCUCCUCCUUGCCAUUCUUAGCGCUCACAAAGUGAUUGUCGAUCACAACCGUGUUGCAAAGAUUGUUGGCUGCACUGCUCGUGCAUGUGAAGAACGUAUCAAGAAGCUCCGAAAGCUUGCGAAAGAGUGUGGCUACGAAACCAAUCCUGCCUCGAAGAUCAAAAAAGCUGGGAAGGGUGGAAAGGACGGCUGUAAGGGCAAAUUCAUCGAGGACCCGGAUAUGUUUCUGUAUCGAAAGGGCAUUGUUUCCGACGACGUUGAGAUCAAAAAGGAAAACAGAAUGAUCAAGAUGGAGACUGUCAAGAGGGAGUUUGGGAUGUUCAAUUACGACGAACACGGACAUGAGUUUGGGUAUGAGUACGGCGAUGACGUGAAGCCCUUCAUAAAAGAGCCGGGGAUGGAGGAUCCAUCCUUCCUAUACGCGGUAAGCCCAAGCUUUAGGGGUUUUGGCGGUUCGUCGACGUAUGUGAAUACGGUUGAUGGCCUUGAAAUUCCGCUUGGGGUACCACUGGAAAUUUCCUGCGAAUCUCCAGAUCCAAAUUGUGGCAGAGAAAAAUCCCCUAGUUCUUUUACCCCACCUCCGGUAAAGGGGUCUCAGAAGCCUCAGUGGCGUACCCCCUCCCCUCAAGUAUCUUCCCCCAGUAAUGGGUACCUCGAGCUCGACCAUGAAGACGAGGUCGUUGAGAUUUGCGCAGCAUCUAAGAAAAACCCCAUGGUUAUCAACGAUGAUGAUAUCUCUAAUAGGGCUGAUCAAGUGGCUUCCUGUAUUUUGUGA